GGGAGAAGUUGAAGUAGUUCAAGAUGGCUGCUGGAGACAACAGCGGUCGGGCCCCAUGUUUAAAUUUCCCUUCUCCUGGUCCGCUAGGUAACAGUCAACCGAGCAACAGUACGUACACUUUAGCAGCGAGCAACGGAGGAUCCAUCGGGGCGACCGGAAACUCACAGAGCGCGACGAGACGCUCGAAUCCUCAGCCGGGGCCUAACGGCUCCGAAAGCAGCGGUGUCGCCUCUGGGCUUCCGCCGAAUAUGCGCAACUCUCUCCCGCAGGCCGUGGCUCAGGGCUCGGUGAUAGCGGGGGCGGUCGGGGGGUCAAUGGCGGCCGCUGUGGCGUCGAACAUGACCGGACCAGCAUCAAAUUCAGGGCCGGCCCCUGCGACCCACUCCUCACUUUCUGCCCCUCCGGCUGCAGCAGCGGUUCUGGUUUACCGAGAACCCGUGUAUAACUGGCAAGCGACAAAAAGUACUGUGAAGGAAAGGUUUGCGUUUCUCUUCAAUAACGAGGUGCUAAGCGACGUUCACUUUCUGGUGGGUAAAGGGAUGGGAGUACAGCGCAUACCUGCUCACAGGUUUGUUUUGGCAGUUGGCAGUGCUGUAUUUGACGCCAUGUUCAACGGCGGCAUGGCCACCACCUCCACAGAGAUCGAGCUGCCAGACGUAGAGCCUGCUGCUUUCCUGGCUUUGCUCAAAUUCCUGUACUCUGAUGAGGUUCAAAUCGGACCCGAGACUGUGAUGACCACUCUGUAUACAGCAAAGAAAUACGCAGUCCCGGCGCUGGAGGCUCACUGUGUGGAGUUCCUGAAGAAGAACCUGCGGGCAGACAACGCCUUCAUGCUCCUCACACAGGCCAGGCUUUUUGAUGAACCUCAGCUGGCCAGUCUGUGCCUCGAGAACAUUGACAAGAACACAGGUGAUGCCCUGGCUGCAGAAGGCUUCACAGAUAUCGAUCUGGACACGCUCGUAGCUGUGCUGGAGCGGGACACGCUCGGGGUGCGGGAGGUUCGGUUGUUUGGCGCAGCGGUGCGUUGGGCCGAGGCAGAAGCUCACCGGCAGCAGCUGCAGCCCACACCUGAGAACAAGAGGCGUGUUCUGGGGAAAGCCCUCACUCUCAUCCGCUUCCCUCUAAUGACCAUAGAGGAAUUUGCAGCAGGUCCUGCUCAGUCAGGCAUUCUGACAGACAGGGAGGUGGUCAGUCUGUUCCUCCACUUCACAGUAAACCCCAAGCCGCGAGUGGAGUUCAUCGAUCGGCCCCGCUGCUGCCUCCGUGGGAAAGAGUGCAGCAUCACGCGCUUCGCCCAGGUCGAGAGCCGCUGGGGAUACAGUGGGACCAGCGACCGUAUCCGGUUCUGUGUAAACCGUAGGAUAUUUGUUGUGGGAUUCGGACUGUACGGGUCUAUACACGGACCCACAGAUUAUCAGGUCAACAUACAGAUCAUUCACACAGACAGUAAUACAGUCCUUGGACAGAACGACACGGGUUUCAGUUGUGACGGUUCAUCGAGCACCUUCAGGGUCAUGUUCAAAGAGCCGGUGGAGGUUUUGCCCAAUGUAAACUACACAGCCUGCGCCACUCUUAAGGGUCCAGACUCCCACUACGGCACCAAAGGCAUGCGGAAGGCUACUCACGAGUCCCCAGGAUCCGGCACCAAAACCUGCUUCACCUUCUGCUACGCCGCCGGCAACAACAACGGCACUUCCGUCGAGGACGGACAGAUCCCCGAGGUCAUCUUCUACACAUAAUGACCAUCGAGCUCUUCCACAUUGCGGGAGUUUUGGGCCGUGUUACAAACGGCUCACUGAUGUACUUCCAGUAUUUAAGUAGUCUGUAACUGGAAGAGCUGAACUUGGUGAGUAAUGUAAUGGACGGCGGAGAUGAUUAGAGUCCUACACCUUCACCUGCACUUUCGGAAAAGCUGCACAGAGUUAAUCUGCGUACUUACUGAUCGAGAAGGAGCUUAUUUCGUCGAUCUUGAUUAUAAUCGAACCCAUAGGCUGUGAACUACUCACCAGCAGACUGACCCUGACGCUGUUGAACUGGAUCGAAGAACUGUUAUUGCGUUUCCUGUCUUUAACAGCUCGUUCAGCAUCUCUUAUGUAGGGACAAAACUGAGGGAAAAGCUGUUCUUUCUGAGAACUGGAUUUAAUCGCAACUCCGUUUAUGCCAGCAGGGGACGGGAGGCCAUGCUCUGAAGCAUUUCUAGGAUGCAGGGGAAUCCUGCAUGCUCAGGCUCCCUUAUAUUCUGUGCCAAAACAUUGUGCUUAGAAUACCUCCUUCACAGCCAGUUAACUAGUGCUCAGCGAUCUUCAGCUGGAAAACUCAAUCGUCUUUUAAGCCAAGCGUACAUCUCUGUACAUCACCGUAGGCUGUUGUGUAAAUUAGCACACACAGCGGUGCUUCAAUGGUGGAACAUCAGCCCUCUGCUUUUAUCAGACCUAAUGUAUUAAAUUCUCAUCUCAGUGGUCACUCGCUUAUCAUGCAAUACAGUGUGUUCUCAUAGGCCAUGGCAAAAACAUCAUCAUCAGCUCUUAAACUGUCUACUUGUGUUGCAGUUGACACCUAGGACAUGUUCUAUGGCUCAACAGCAGACUAUAUUCAUACUGGAUCCAUAUACUUUUUGGUCAUUCUUUAUUCCUGAAGGUAACAGAAUUUAAAAAAUAAAACGCGUAUGAUUUCUUUAAUUAUUGUUUCAAAAUUCAGGCCGGAUUAUGUUUCUUUACGCAAAUAUAGAAUGACCAAGUGCUGUUUAACUGGAUUCUAGUUCACCACCCACCCAGUGUCACCGACUAGACCAAAUCACUCCUUGGUCAUCUUUAACAACAUAUCUGUAAGAUAUUAUGUCUAUUAAAUCGCCCAUGUGUUUAUAUUAAAAACAAAACUGACGGGUACCUGAACACCGCGCAGCACAGAUUGCGUGUAAGGGACUGUUUCAGCACUAAUCAUUAAUGUAGCUCGACAGGUUCAUGUUUAGAACUGUUACCUUGUUCUUUUGCCUUGUUUGGUGAGAUUAAGUCAGGGUUUUCUUUUCUAUAUAACCAGCAUUAAACUGUAAAGUACUGACAUCACCUCAUGUCUGUGUGUGUACAAUUCUAUUAAAUCAAAAGGUUGUUAAAUGCAAGUGUUGUUCAUUUUCUCGGACAUCGAACGUGUUCAUGAUGACCUGCACGUGACAGAAGGGACACAGUGAACCUGAACUGCACAGAAAAGCUUUCUUUUUUUUUUUUUUUUGUGAUGUUUGUUUAAUUUCCUGGGUGAAGAUGAAUAUUUAGUUUGGAAGCUGGACUGAAAGCAGCAUCAUAAAUAAAGCUGGUCUGUAUUUAAAAAUAA